CACAGAGUCACCUGGGCUUGUUUUUAAAACUCUUUUGUCCUUUCUUUGUGUCUGUCUCGCUUGUUUUUUUUACCUGUGGGACUGUCACUUUAGCGGCAUCUGGGACUUAUAUUACCUCUGUUGGAGUAACUCAGACUCCCCAGACCUGCUGUGAGUCCACCAGUGGACUAUGCCCCCCUCGGUCAGCUGAGGGAGGGGGCUCUGAGCUGCUCGGGCUCCCAUCUGGAAAAGGCUUGGGCUGAAAUCAAAAAGGUUAGGUUAUUGCUGAAGAUGCAAGCCUUAACUGUCUCACCUCUGACCAACACUACAGCGCCUUCAAACACAACCACCGUCACAAAAUCCAAAGAACAAAUCCUCAUCCAGAGUUCUGGGGCGAUGAUUGCCGUCAUCGUCAUAGGUAUCAUAAUCAUUCUCACCAUUCUUCUGAUCAUCCUCAAGACAUACAACAGGUGGACACAUGUAUCCAGAGUCCUGGGACCCACUAGUGGCUCCAAAGCACGAAAGAAGAUGUCACAAUCCACAUUUCAGAGCAACAUGCCGCUGAGCCCCAUGGGAGUCAGCUCUGUGUCGGGCAGCAUGGCCAAUUCAAACCCAGCCUUAGAGAAUGGCUUCCGGUUGCCCAGGGUGGAGCUGAACAGCGUGGAGGAAAACCACAUAGAGCAGUCCAGCACCAACAGUGGAUCCACUGCAGUCACCAUACAUGACCUUCCAUCAUUAGAGAACACAUAGCAACAAGACUGUGGUUUAAUCUCACAACAGGCAUUGACUGAUGUGUUGUCUUCAUCCGCGACCGCAUACUGUGUGCUGACUGAAUCCUGUGGAAACUCAAUCCGUGACGUCAGUCUAGUCACUGUCACUAUCUCCGCCAACUGAGCCACUGCUGGUGACUAAAUGGACAACAAGAUGUCCUUCUGCUGUGCAAAAAAAUAUACAUCAUGAACAAAAUGGCACCAUAAACAGACACAAUGGAUUGCAUAAAGGAUGUUGCAUGACGGAAACAGAGACUUUCCUGUGAAGAAUUGCUUUUUCGGCUACAGUCAGUGUUCAGAGUAUAGACGCCAUACGUUUCUUAUUUUUGUGCUUGUUCCAUCACUACUAAUAAAAUGAAGAAAAUGUGUAGUAAAGACUGUAAUGGCUUGACAACGUUGCUCUUAAGUGUGUACAUUUCUGUAUUAAAGAGGAUCACUAAGGUUCAUCAGUAAACAUAGAAUUGGUAUAAACUUCAGAGAAGACAAAGACAAGCAGCUAUGUUUGAGGAAAAGACCAUUUUCAUUGCAUUAUCCUGUCUUUGUCGUCCGAUCACCGAUUCUCUCAGAUUAGAUUAUGUUUGAAAAAUAUACUAAAUGUCAGUGUAUUUCUUUCUUUUUCUUUUAAACCUUGUAUAAUGAGGAGACCACAGAGAUAUUUGAUCUCUGAGACAUCUGGGUGUCAUCCUAACACACUGAUGUGAAUCCUUCUUAGUUUGACGCCAAAGGAUUUUGCACUUUAUUUUUAUUGCUCCCCCGUAUUUCUACUG